AUGGUCUCAUUGAAACAAAAUAUCGAAAAUAUCGAUGCUCGAGAAAUUCAAAUGAACUCUCUGCGCAGAUUCAAUGAGCAUGAUUUUGAUGAGUAUAAGCGUACUCAGGGAGACAACAUCGAAUCAGGGCUCUUCAAAGGCGUCGUUUUGCAUUACGUAGCGCCACGGGGUUUGCUCAUUCUUAAAAAAGGACAAUCAAAUCAUAGAGUAGUGUCCGAUUUUAUUGGUGCUGAAAUGGAAAAACAUACUCGUAAGAUAUCAUAUGAAGAAUUGAGUCCUGGCGGGGUUUAUGUGUAUAAAUACAAGGAAAGAUGUUACCGAGUGAUUGUAGAAAAAUGGAAUGAGGAAUUGAAGAAGAUUAUCGCUUUUAUCAUUGACAUUGAUCGCUUUCACGAACUGAAUGUUGAUCUAGAUGAAUUGUACGAGUUGCCAGCAUUGACAACAGUGGAAAACAUCCAGCCCGUAUGUAUGUAUUAUCCAAUUUACGGGAUUCGCGAGAUGGAUUUGGAUAUGCAACAACGCGUUCAAGCAUUGUUCGACGACAGAGUGGUAUCGAUCAUUCCAAUGUAUUUAAACAAAAAUUGUGAGGAGCCGUCCGUCGAUAUUCUCGUUCUCAAUGAGCAUCAGAGCUAUGAAUGGCUCUCAUCGGUGCUUCAUCGCAAAGGCUGCAAAUAUGCCGGAGAAAAGACGCCUGAGCAUUACUCAACAGAGUUUAUGAGACAUGCAUAUAUGGCUUGCGGAGAGCCCGAUAUGCUUCAAUUUUUCAAUUCGGCCGAUGAUGAGAGCGGGAUGGAUUCGGAAGACGAUGCUGAUAGUCAAGUGGAAGAAAAUUCGCCGAUGCCUCAACAGGAACAAAUUGCUACAUUUGUAACGCAAGGAGGUUUCGCGACUGCGAUGCGCGCAAUGUUUGAUGAAUUCGUCCAAGAUAAGAAUAUAAAGAGAAUUGUGCUUCUGUAUCAGCUUGUUGCAGAAAUGACUAGAGAUGAUUCCGCGAUGGCAGAUCUUGAAUCUGAAAUCAAACAAGUCACUUAUAAUAACUUCGAUAUUGUUCUUUAA